GGGUCAGCCACUCAGCACAGUAUUAUAUGAUUGGUUAACUCUACCGGUUACUUGUAUCAAUAAAAGAGUUUGAUAGGUGCGGCAAAUCGGAUUAUUUUGGAAUUGGAUGGAAUCUUACGUGUAAUCGACUCCAAGUUGUUUGUAUGAUCUUCUACCAUCUGGAACACGAAAAAGGAGAAAUUAUCUUGAAAAGUGUAAUUGAGUUUUUCUAAACAAAAGAAUGGGAAGUUUUUGUCGGUUUCGUGCAAAGCUCGGGGUAUUAUUAGAUAAUUGAGACAUUGGGAUUUGGAUUUGGAAGAGACAUGCGUGCGGUUGACACACUCAGCUUGCGGAUACAAAAGAAUUUAUGCCGGAAAACAGAGGAGAAAAAACUUCCCAUUUUUCUGUGCAUCGUAAUAUAAAACACCAUUAUCUAAUAUAACCCUCCAAGUCCGAAGGAGAGAGAAAAACGAUAACAAACCUGUUGGUGUCACCCGGAAAUGGCGGCAACGAGGAAACCCUUACUGUCUUUGCUAAGCAGAGUGAGCCGAACAAGCAAGAGGACCUAUGGUGUUCUGGCUGAAGGCAGCUCUUCUUCUUCUUCUUCCUCUUCUAACCAUCUCAUCAACCUUGAAUACGAAUAUAGUGCCCACAAUUACCACCCAGUUCCUGUUGUAUUCUCUGAAGCAAAGGGAUCAAUCAUAUGGGAUCCAGAAGGCAAGAAAUAUCUGGAUUUUCUAUCAGCUUACUCAGCUGUUAAUCAGGGACAUUGCCAUCCAAAGAUCAUCAAAGCAUUUCAAGAACAGGCAGAAAGACUCACUCUCAGUUCCAGAGCCUUCUACAAUGACAGGUUUCCAGUUUUUGCUGAGCGUUUGACAAGCAUGUUUGGUUAUGAGAUGGUGCUUCCUAUGAACACAGGUGCUGAAGGAGUGGAAACCGCUCUGAAGUUGGCAAGGAAAUGGGGUUAUGAGAAGAAAAAAAUUCCCAAAAACGAGGCUAUUAUCGUCUCUUGUUGUGGUUGCUUCCAUGGUCGCACAUUGGCUGUCAUCUCUAUGAGCUGUGACAAUGAGGCUACUCGUGGAUUCGGGCCAUUAUUGCCUGGUCAUAUUAAAGUUGAUUUUGGUGAUGCUGUUGCCCUUGAGAAGAUCUUUAAAGAACAUGGAGACAGAAUAGCAGGAUUUCUCUUUGAACCUAUUCAAGGAGAGGCUGGUGUUAUAAUACCUCCAAAAGGUUAUCUAAAAGCUGUCAGAGAUCUUUGCUCAAAAUAUAAUGUUUUAAUGAUUGCUGACGAGAUACAAAGUGGCCUAGCACGGUCAGGAAAAAUGUUGGCUUGCGAUUGGGAAGGUGUUCGUCCAGAUGUUGUGAUACUAGGAAAAGCUUUGGGUGGUGGCGUAAUACCUGUUAGUGCAGUGCUUGCUGACAAAGAUGUAAUGCUUUGUAUUCGACCUGGAGAACAUGGAAGCACUUUUGGGGGGAAUCCUUUGGCCAGUGCGGUGGCCAUUGCCUCACUAAAUGUAAUCCAGGAGGAGAAACUUGCUGAGAGAUCUGCCCAUUUAGGAGAAGAACUUUUGUGUCAGCUGGUUAAGAUUAAGGAGGAAUUUCCAAACUACGUUAAGGAAGUUCGGGGAAGAGGUUUAUUCACUGCUGUAGAGUUCAAUAGCAAGAGUUUUUUCCCUGUUUCAGCAUAUGAUAUCUGUCUAAAGAUGAAAGAAAGGGGAGUUCUUGCCAAACCCACACAUGACACCAUUGUACGGUUGACUCCUCCACUUUGCAUGAGUCGGGAUGAGGUCAAAGAAGGAUCAAAGGUGCUGCAUGAUGUUCUGGAACUUGAUCUACCAAAUAUGCAGAAGGCCAAGCCGAAAGAUUCUCCGACCACCGCUACAAUUUGCGAUCGAUGUGGGAGGAACUUGUAUGAUCCUUCAGAUAGAGCUCUCUAAAUCAUUUGUAUGAUUCAUCCUUGGACAUGGAUUCUCUCUUUUUUCCUCUAAAUAAACUAGACAUUGAUAUCUCUUAUGUUAUUUUUAUCUUUUGCUGCUCAGCAGCAAGGCAAGAACACUACAAAUACACACAAACUCUAUGCUUAUAUUGUUAUACCUAAAAUUAAAUUAAACAUUAUGCUCCUUUAA